AUGUCACACCAGCUGCAGUUCACCUUGGCAUGUCACACCAGCUGCAGUACACCUCGACAUAUUACACCAGCUUCAGUACACAGUACACCUCUACAUGUCACACCACCUGCAGGACACCUCGGCAUGUCCCACCAUCCACAGUACACAGUACACCUCGGCAUGUCACACCAUCCACAGUACACAGUACACCUCGGCAUGUCCCUACAGCCGCAGUACACAGCGGCAUGUCCCACCAUCCACAGUACACAGUACACCUCGGCAUGUCCCACCAGCCGCAGUACACAGUACACCUUGGCAUGUCCAAACAGCCGCAGGACACAGUACACCUCGGCAUGUCCCACCAGCCGCAGUACACAGUACACAGUACACCUUGGCAUGUCCCACCAGCCGCAGUACACAGUACACCUCGGCAUGUCCAACCAGCCGCGGUACACAGUUCACCUCGGCAUGUCCCAACAGUGGCAGUACACAGUACACCUUUACAUGUCCGUCCACCUGCAGUACACCUCGGCAUGUCCAACCAACCGAAGUACACAGUACACCUCGCCAUGUCCCACCAGUGGCAGUACACAGUACACCUUGACAUGUCCCACCAGCCACAGUACACAGUACACCUCGGCAUGUCCCACCAGCCGCAGUACACCUCGGCAUGUCUCACCAGCCUCAGUACACAGUACACCUCGGCAUGUCACACCAGCUGCAGUACACAUUGGCAUGUCACACCAGCUGCAGUACACAGUUCACCUCAACAUGUUACACCAGAUGCAGUACACCAUAGCAUGUCCCAACAGCCGCAGUACACAGUACACAUCGGCAUGUCACACCAGCCGCAGAACACAGUACACCUCAGCAUGUCCCACCAGCUGCAGUACACCUAAGCAUGUCCCACCAGCCGCAGCACACCUCGGCAUGUCACACCAGCUGCAGUGCACCUCGAAACGUUACACCAGCUGCAGUACACCUCGAAUGUGUUACACCAGCCGCAGUAUACAGUACACCUAA